CUCAACUAACGGGCACCGCCGACGCGCGAUGGGUCUGCAGGCCCGGGCGGAGGAGUAGCGGCGGCGGCGGGACGGAGGGCGAGCGCGCCCCAAGGCUCCGGCUCCUCCGGGGCUCGGACUUCCCGGGCCGUUGGGAGCGGCCGGCGGGCGGGAAGAGACUCUCCCUGCAGGGCGAUCGCCGCCGCUGCUGGCAUGUCGGCCGAGGCCUCUGGCCCGGCGGCGGCGGAGGCCCCGGCCCUGGAGGUGCCCAAGCCCGCGGGGCUCGAGCCCGGCCCGGGGCCGCUGACCCCGAACAGCAAGUAUGUGAAGCUGAACGUGGGCGGCUCGUUGCACUACACCACGCUGCGCACCCUCACGGGCCAGGACACCAUGCUCAAGGCCAUGUUCAGCGGCCGCGCCGAGGUCCUCACGGACGCCGGGGGCUGGGUGUUGAUUGACCGGAGCGGCCGUCACUUUGGCACCAUUCUAAACUACCUGCGGGACGGGUCUGUGCCACUUCCUGAAAGUACCAGAGAAUUGGGAGAGCUACUGGGUGAAGCACGGUACUACUUGGUGCAGGGCCUGAUUGAGGACUGCCAGCUAGCUCUGCAGCAAAAAAGGGAGAACCUGUCCCCGCUGUGCCUCAUUCCCAUGGUGACUUCUCCCCGGGAGGAACAGCAGCUCUUGGCCAGCACCUCCAAGCCUGUGGUGAAGCUCCUGCACAACCGGAGUAACAACAAGUACUCCUAUACCAGCACUUCAGAUGACAACCUUCUUAAGAACAUCGAGCUGUUUGACAAACUGGCCCUGCGCUUCCAUGGGCGGCUGCUCUUCCUCAAGGAUGUCCUGGGGGACGAGAUCUGCUGCUGGUCUUUCUACGGGCAGGGCCGCAAAAUCGCUGAGGUGUGCUGCACCUCCAUUGUCUAUGCUACAGAGAAGAAGCAAACCAAGGUGGAAUUCCCAGAGGCUCGAAUCUUUGAGGAAACCCUGAACAUUCUGAUCUACGAAACGCCCCGGGGUCCUGACCCAGCUCUACUGGAAGCGACAGGGGGUGCCGCUGGAGGUGGCGGGGCUGGCCGAGGGGAGGACGAGGAGAACCGGGAGCAUCGUGUCCGCAGGAUCCAUGUCCGGCGCCACAUCACCCAUGAUGAACGCCCUCAUGGUCAACAGAUUGUCUUCAAGGACUGACCUUUGACUGUCGCCCCUUUACUUCCUGCCACUGGGACCAAGUACCUUCUUUUCUUCCCCUUUCUAAACCUUUGCCCCGGCUUUGCUGGCCAAGUCGUGGGCCUUUUCUCUGUCUUUCGUUGCAUGACACAGUUCACUUUGGCCCUUUUCUGUUCCUCCCCCAAUCAGUGCUAAUAACAUGGUACACUCCAACCUUCCUUGCAGUUGGAACCCUUCAAAAGGUCCUAUACUUGUUCCCUCUUCCUGCCAUCUUCCCAGAAUGACUUAGAACCUCUCUCUGAACAUGGUACAUGCCAAAGUGACAAGCAGCCCUUCCUGACCCACCCCAUCUGUGCUGCUUCCCUGAUGCUGUGCGGGGCAAUUCAUCUCCCCGCUCCCUGCCCCCCCCCCAUCCCACCUCUUAACUUUGUUACGAGGCUGGCCUAGGUCUGCACCAGCCAAGCUGUCUUUUCAGUUUGUUUCAUAUUAUUUAUUUUAAUUUUCUAUUAAAUUAUUGGAAUAAAGUUGAGUUGAGGA